AGAGGAUAUGGUAGUACACUGCGAUCUUUCCCAGUUCUCUGCUUGUAUGAGUUACCGUGAAAGAUUCUAUUUGUUGUUUUUCUGAUUAGGGUUCUCACCGAUUCAGUUCCAGCGCAAUGAAAUUGGCAGCUCUGAAAUCUGUGGAUAAUGCGCAUGAUGAGUCCGUGUGGGCGGUCACGUGGGUUCCCGCCACAAGUUCUCGAUCUCCCCUUCUUCUCACUGGCUCGCUGGACGAGACUGUGAGGCUGUGGCGGUCCGAUGAUCUCGUCCCUGAGCGCACCAACACCGGCCACUGCCUCGGUGUUGCUUCUGUGGCAGCUCAUCCUCUCGGCUCAAUUGCUGCUUCCUCUUCCCUCGAUAGCUUUGUCAGGGUUUUCGAUGUCGAUUCCAAUGCCACUAUCGCUACUCUGGAAGCUCCUCCGUCUGAAGUGUGGCAAUUGAAAUUCGAUCCCAAGGGUUCCAUCCUGGCAGUUGCUGGUGGAAGUAGUGCUUCAGUCAAGCUUUGGGACACUUCCACAUGGGAGCUUGUUGCCACUCUAUCUAUUCCUCGUCCAGAAGGGCCCAAGCCAACUGACAGAAGCAGCAGUAAAAAGUUUGUCCUAUCAGUUGCAUGGAGCCCUGAUGGUAAACGGCUUGCUUGUGGCUCAAUGGAUGGCACCCUAUCUGUCUUUGACGUAGCUCGUGGCAAAUUUUUACAUCACCUUGAAGGCCACCACAUGCCGGUGCGUUCACUUGCAUAUUCGCCCUACGAUCCGAGGCUGCUGUUUACAGCUUCAGAUGAUGCACAUGUCCACAUGUAUGAUGCUGAUGGAGGAAGCCUAGUUUCAUCCAUGUCAGGUCACGCUAGCUGGGUACUAUGCCUAGAUGUUAGCCCAGACGGGUCGGCUGUUGCCACAGGUUCAAGCGAUAAAACUGUGAGACUCUGGGAUCUGAACAUGAGAGCUGCUGUGCAGACGAUGAGCAACCAUACAGACCAAGUGUGGGGAGUGGCAUUUAGGCCACCUGGAGGCAGUAAUGUUCGAGUUGGUCGGCUUGCCAGUGUAUCAGAUGAUAAGAGCAUAACGUUGUGUGAUUAUUCCUGAGGUCAGGUAGGCACUUAGAGACGUAUUCCCUGGAUUUGCAAUGUGUACUGAAAUGGUCGUUUUUAAGAAAAAUAGGCUUAGUUUUAUAUUAUGUACUGGAAAUUAUGAUCGAGUUUCUCUUUGCAUUUAUCUUGCUAUUAAAGAUAUUUAAAUUUAAGAUUGA